AUGGACGUUUCUGUAUCGUUUCGAGCCACUCCGAAUAUUGCCCUUGUAAAGUACUGGGGAAAGCGCAACAAGCAAGUGAAUCUUCCUGUGAACUCCUCUCUGAGCGUUACUCUGCGGGAUGUAUGGAGGUGA